ACACUCGUGCCUCAUCGUUCCUCCCAUUCGCCCAUCUGCCUGCGAACCUGACCCAUCUUGUAUUUCUUGUACUUGAUCACCGCUUGCACCGACGGCCGAUCUGCUUACUUGGAUAUCAUGGUUGUCCACUGUCGCCUUCAAUCUGACCGUCGUAACCUUUGAGAACGACCCUGAACCUUGGAAUAUACGAGCAUGACACCACACUCUGCCUAUGAGCUCAUCCAAUCUUAGCAGUGAAGUUGUCUUGUGCCUCUGUCCGCCUCGUUCAGAUCAAAACGCCCUCAUUCGCCGCCAUGACUUCUUCUUCGCCAUCCACCAAACGUAGCUUGAGGCCGUCUCCAUUUUCGGCGAGCCAACAGCAACCCUCUCAGUACACUGCAGUCCCGGAGCUGCCCAGCCUGCAGCCUGCUACUCCCACCACCACAGCAAGACAAGAGUCCCCAACCGCCAUGUCGCAGCCAGUUACGGCAAAUCGUAAUAAACGAAAGUCUAUGCAUCCGAGUCAACCACAGGAGCAAGCGGCCAGCUCAGCAGGCAGCGCAGAGGCGCAAGCAACAAGCGCGAAAGCUUCCCAGGUAGCUGAAGUCGACCCUCCAGCGUCAGAACAAAAGACAAAAAAGAGUCGAACAAACACGCCUUGGACGGCGGCCGAGGAAUUAAGACUCAAACAGAUGAGAGACGCGGGAAACAGCUGGAGUGAAAUCGCAAAGACGUUCCCGCAACGAACAGAAGGAAGUGUGAAGAAGCAUUGGUACAAAGAUAUGCACUACGCCGAAUUUGCAGAGGACGAGAGCGCAGCGUUGCUUGCCGCUAUCAAGGAGUACGACGCCAACAAGUGGAAAGCCAUUGGGCAAAAGGUUGGCAAGCCUGCAAAAGCAUGCGAGCAGUAUGCGAAGGAGCAUUUCGGGGGGAAAUACUGAACAAUUCAUGACCACAGUCUGCAGCUUUCCGAAUUUAGCGCAACAAGCUCGCUCUACGAUACCAGCCUUCCUUUCCCUGAUCAAGUGCUCCAUGUGCAGAGCUUCUGUCGGCAUCCGUUUGUCUUCUCUUACGUUUUGGAGUCUGGUUCCCGGCAAUGGAGUUCACGAGAUCUACGGUU